AUGUUGAGACAAGUCCUCCUCAACUCCACCGGCGCCCCACACCUCGACCUGGUGCUCAUGGCCCAGUCUUCUACAAGCGCCCCCAUCUCUGUCAAUGUGUCCCAUGGCAGCUUGGUGAGUGUGGCUGCCCUGCUGAGACCCACCACUGGCCGUGGGGGAGGAGGAGGAGCAGGAGGGCUCCGAGAUGGAGAGCUCCACAAACCGGACCUCUUCACCUACAUCGUCAUGUGCCUCCUGUUGUUUCUGCUGGUGCUGAUCAUUGUGUUCUUUAUCAACUGCCAGCUAAGGAAUUCUUUCUUUGCCUCCAUGCCAUAUGACAGGUCACUGAGGGAGGCCCGGACGUCAUACAAGUAA